AUGUCUGAGAGAAGAGGGCAGUCAGUCCACGGUCAAAAUGCGGCCCUCAUCACCGCAUACUACGCCAACCCAGAGAAUUAUAACACAUGGCUCAUAGCUACUUGUACGAUCGUGUUCCUCCUCGGACUAGACAUCGCCCUGCAGUUCAUCUUCUUCCUAGGGGAGUUCCACAUGGCUUCAGAAGACGUAUUCAUCCGCGCCAUCCAAAGCGGCUCAGUCGCCAGCACCUUCUUCAUCGCCUUUUGUGUCCCUGGAGUCAAGUCACUACUCGAGCUAUGGAAGGUAUUCAGAUGGGUCAACCUGGUAUUCAACCUGGGUUUUCUCGCAGAGUCCAACUUGGGAAUAAGCUCGGUUCUGGGGCGGUCAGACGCUUGA